AUGGCUCAGCCUUCUCGGGUCCUUACGUUUCGUGGCCACCGCAAGUCGGUCAACGCGCUGCUCUGUGAGGAGGCAUUGCACCCGAAUAUGCUGGUCUCAGGCAGUGACGACGGCACAUGCCGUCUAUGGGACGUCCGAACCGCGCGAGUAACGAAGUGUCUGAACGUGAAGAAGGCACUGGACGCUGAUGAAGAGGACGAGAGUGCUGUUAACUCGCUUGCCUUUGGGAAGGCGACGACAGGAGCAGAGAGUGCUUACCUCUACGUGGCAGCAAGCAGAAAGGUGCCCACUUUUGACGUGCGGUAG